AAGCGAAAUUUUAUAAUUUUUGACAAUUAUAUAUGACGUAUCAACUGUUGAAAACAAUUAUUGUCAUAACGGUGUUGUAAACUAAGAUUGCGGUAUGUAUGUGGGUCAAAAUAAAAUCUAACCGUUCUUAAAUAAAUUAUUGAAGUCGAAACCGGACUUGUAAGCAUUUCGAAAAAGUCGAACAGAGUCCGUUAAAAAUAAUCUAUAGUAGCAUCCAGUAAGGACAUGAAGGUAUGUUUUGUGCGCACAUAUUGAAAUGUUUUCUAUAUAUAUACCUGGACGAAGUUACAAUUAUUUCUAUUAUAGUAGAUGAUAAUUCUUCGAGUAAGAAUCUGAUAUGAUAUUGUAAUCAUAACACGUUAUAAGUUCAAUCGUGACUUAUUUUGUUAUAUUCUUUUUUGGUUUCGAAGAUUUAAAAAAAAGAACAAGAAAAACAAGUAGUAUUAUGUGCAAUAUGUACAUGUACAUUAUUAUUGAUCCAAUAUUACAAUUUGUUAUGUUUGUUUGUUAGUUGUGUGUGCGUGUGUGUUUUAAAUAUGUUUGAAAUUGCCAUGGAUUGUUGUUACAUUGAACUAAAUGAAGAUACAGGAAUGGAGAAGGUAUUUCCAAAUGUCUCUAGUCCAGAGAUGUUCGACAGCGAUGUUGAAAAUGAACAGAACGAGCGACAAGAAAUAACAUCUAUUAACAAAGAUACAUUGAUCAAAACUAGUCCAGAAAAACCUUCCAAGGCUACUCUUAUUGCUAAGUCCGACAAUUAUCUGCUGGUCAGAAUCAAUAAAUAUUUAACUGGAGUUCCCCCACCCCCAAGUCACACCAUUUGUCAAAGCGAUUGUAAUGACUUGUUACAUUAUAUUCAACAAAACCGUCAAUACUUUUGGACAGCCUCUCCCAUAAAGGAAGAGAACAAUGUUAGACAAGAAGAAAACAUUGACAAAUCCUUUAAUCAGGAAACAUUAGAAAACAACAAGAGAUUUUCUUUUUAUAAAACCAAUAAUACCCAGAGAAACUUGACUAGUGCUUUUGAUGAAUGCGACUCACAAACGAAUAAUAUUUCUAAUGAGAAUAAAUCUUUAAUUCUAUACAACUCGGCUGGAGAAAAAGAAGUUAAAAAUAUGCCAUGGUCUGAAGCGUAUUUUCAUAAAUUUCAUGGUAUCCAUUAUAACAGAAGUAAUUCGAUAGAAGAGUUUGAAAAUUUAACAAUAAAACUAUGCGGAAGGUAUAUAGGAGCAGAAACACAAUCUACAUGUAAUGUAUUCUUUUCUAAACAAGGACCUGGAAGUGCUAUAAAAAGAGGCAUUCUAGCUAAACGUAAUUACGGUCAAAGCCCAGGGAAGAGAUUAAGUCAUUUGGCUCGCAGAAGGAGAACAUUUUCUAGUGCAAAUUUGCAGGGCUUAAAUCUCAAUGAUAAAAGACAAUUGGUAUUAACUGUUAAAAGACCUUCAACUAGAAAACUUAAAAGUCCUAGAGGCAAAAGCCCAAGAUAUAAAAGUCCGAGAGGUAAAAGUCCUAGAGGAUCGGCAAAGAAAAAAGUAGUUAGAAGGCUUACAUUAGAAAAUACAAGUCCGCUUAAAACAAAAUUAGACACAUCAAGACGAGUCCUAUUUCAAAGUCCGACCUUAGACAAGCCAGGCCCGAGUAAAUUGUUUAAUUGUAGUAAUGCUAAUCCACACACAAUUAAGCGUGCCUUAUUUCCUACGCCUAAGAAGAAGGAAGAUGUUUUAAUCGAAGGUGUCAAAACGAUUACUGUCGAAGAAUCUAGAAAAAGAAAAAGUGAAGAAGAAUUGCAAGGACCUCGUUUCAAGUGGGCAAAGAGUUUAUCGUUCGACUGUCCUUACGAAUUACAAAAUUCAUCUUUACGUUCAUGGGAUCGCGAAAGGCAUUCCUCUGGAAACGUUUUAACGCAACACGAAAUACCUGUCGCGGCGGGAAAAGGUGAACUUAGUGAUACACAUAGAAAGAAAUUAUUAUGGGCUGUAGCAGAAGCGUUACGAGGCAGAGGGAUCGGUAUGAGUCACCCGCAGUUUAAACAGUACGCUUCUGAUCUAGCGCGUACCGUUAAAAAAUUAAUGCCCGAUCUCGCAAAUAAAAAUAUAUCAAGAAAACCAGGCAGUACAAGUGAUCGUAUGUUAAAGUUGGCCAAACAUCAUGCUCUUCUCAUAAUAGAUACAAGGCCCUCGGAAUGACUGUACUUCUUAGUACGAAAAAAUAUAUGAAUUGUUUUUUUAUACAAAAAAUUUGCACAAUCAUUUUUAAAAACAAAAGAAAAAAAAGAGUACGAGUGUAAUACUACUUCGAUACUUUCAAAAUAAUUAAAGGACUUUUAAUUAUUUCACGUGGUAAAUGUGAUCAAAUACAUUAAUAAGAUUUACAUCAUUUUUUCACUAAAAAUUAUAUAUUUUACUGUAUAAAUGUAAAAGAAAGGUUCUUCUAAAGUCUCACAGUGUAUAUAUUAGAAUAAUUGUAUCCUGGACGGGAUAUAUAUUUACGUAUUUUAUAUAUAUAAAGUUUUGUAAAUUAAUUAACGUGAUUGAAUAAAUAACAUAGUUAAAUCAUCGGAGGCAAGUAAAAAAUACAAAUUUCGAAAAAAAUCAAUUUAAAUUUUCUUUCAUUUAGAAGAUAGAUUUUUAUUUAGUACUUCGAAGUUUGACUUUAUAUUAUAUUACUAAGAAUAAAAAAAUGAAUGAUAGAAAUAUUAUUUUAUAUCGUAAAAGCAUCGAAUUAAAAGUUUCAGAGAAAUUUGACUAUGUUAUAUAUCCGAAUGAAUUAAAAAUUAUUAUCUAAAUUUAACUUUAUUCGAAACUUCUCUUAUUCUUAUUAAAUAAGGACUUUGGUAAGAGACAAGUAAAAAUUUGAUAAAAUAUUACGUAAAACCUGUUUCAAAAAAUUGUUGCAUAAAUUGUUUUCUUCUAUUUUAAAGUGAUACCUUUGCUUUAUUAUUUAUAAAUUAUGAAAUAUACAAUUUUUUAUUGCCAA